AUGGUAGCGGUCUUUGUCGAUGUUUUGCGGGAGGAAAAGCGAGAGGCACUCCGCAAAGCGGUGGCAGUGUGCAUCAGCACGGACGACAAGAGCCCAUGGCGCGAUGUUUCGUACCAAGCUUGCUUGCAAGAUGGCAGUGUUUGCCGCGGCGUCGUGCGAGUGGUCUUCACCAAUGACGACCUAGACAAAGACAAAGUGGAGUCAGAUAAGUCCGUGGCCAUGGCAGAGAGCAUUGUUUCCGCGUGGACGGAUCUGUGCACACCAAGAGGUGGAACCCUGGACAGGGAACUGCUGCAGCACAUUUUGUCCAUCACUUUUGCCUGGUCAUCUGACAGAUGUCCUGCGGCCAUGAAAGCAGCCCGUGCACUUCGCCAGCAUUGCCCGAGGCUGUGCUUCAUCAACAAAGAUCCUUGUCACGUCAUUCGCACAGUGACCAGCUUGGUGGAGAGUAGCUUUGGCAAAGCGGAGGAGGUAUUGUUCAACGACAAGACAUCGGUAGUCCCCACAAUCACCAACUCAGCUGAGUGGAGCCUCGAAGAGUUCAAUAUUUCCACUUUUUUUAAACGGAAGAGUAAGUUCCUGUGGUUGGAGAAACUCGUAUUGGAGAAGCCAGAGUUCAGUGGUGCCAUGAAGGUCGCCGUUCGACAUUUCCAGUGGGCGAAGACAAGAUGGGAAUCCAGCGCAGGACCUCGAAGGCGGCUGUGCCAUCUUCUGAUCCCAACCGCGUUGCUGCUUGCUGUGGCUGCGUCGGAUGCCCGCGCAUCUCCAGAAGAGCAGAAGAGGCUGGUCUCACGGCUGGACGCUCUCCGGCCACAACUUUGGCUGGAGCUUGGGAUCGCCGCGGAUUGGAGGGAAGAGUUCAUCUCUCUCAUUCGGCGCUUGGAGCCAGAGGGCUACGACCCGGCCUGCUUGGAGGCGGAUGUGCGGGAGUGGUUCCGUCGGCAGACGCAGCUUUUUCAGGAUGGCCGGAUUUUAGAUGAGCUUCCUGACGAAGAGGGGUCGGAGCAGUCGUGCACCUUUCACGUGGUCAGGAAUGCGAUGCAAUGCCCUCCUUUGUAUGUUGGUGGCAGAGUCUUCCACAUGUGGUCGAAAGAGCGUGGUGACAAACAGGUCUUCCAGGGCGUUCUUCAAAACAUGUCCAACCUGGUUGAAGCGGCCAAGGCUCGUGUAGACUCGGAGCUCUUGAACACCAUGCAGACGGAUUGGCAGGUUUUUUCACUUCGGUCUUGGACGCGCAGCCGCAACCAAAGUGUGGAAGAGCAGAGGACUUUUGAUUCUGUGUUGCGGCAUCGCCUAGGUCGGCUACUGCGCUCUUUGGCAUUGAGUGUGCGCGAUGGCACGGAGCAGUUCUUUCGAGUGGCCCCGAUUUUGGCAGAAAAGUUUGAAGAGAAAAUGGACAACCGCGUCCUGUGGCACCGUGUUUUUGAGGAGGCCACGGUCCGGACAGCCGGUGAUGUCUCUGUCCUUCGUAUUUUGGUGGGCGCCUAUUUAGCGAACAUGGCUGGAUCCACGGGUCGGGAGCGAGAAUUGGCACAGAUCAAAGCUCUGGCAGACAAUCACACGAAUUGCAGUGCUGAUUUGGCAUCGGCAAUCCACGAGAUCCGCAUGGAUGGGCCGCAGGAUGAAUCAGGCUUGGCUGUCAGGUACGCAGCUCAACUUCGGAAAUCUUGCGAGGAUGCUGUUGAGGAGUCUGUGGAGCCAGGUUUGGCAAUGGCAACUUUGAGCAGAAAAUUGGCCACUCUUUGGGUGCAGCGGAAUGGUCGCCGAUUCCGGGUGUACCGCGUCAGGCGGGACAAGGGGGAGCGCAGAGGAUGCCGUCCUGGUUCCGAGCGAGCCCUCAUCCUCUCCCAGCAGCAGGGUCGUGCGCAGCUGGCCGAUGGCAAGGGGCGAUGCAACGGCCUCUUAGGCUUCAAGAAAGACGACCUCUUGGUGCCCAGAGGCAAAAGAAAAGAAAAAUACUUGCUGUCCGAUGUGCUGGCCCAAUUCAGAAAGACAACCGAGAACCGGCAGAAAGAAAAGCUUGCUCGACACGGAAACAUCAGAGCGGGUGCAAACCCGUACCCUUUGGGUUCCCUGCGCCUUGGUCGCCUCUUUGAUGGACCCGGGGAUGAAGGCCAGACGACUAUCCGGUUGGGCGGCAGUGGGCGACAGGUGCGCACCUACAACCUCUCCAAAGUGGGAGCUUU